UCGCGUGGAUCUCUCUCGGCCACCGUACCGCCGCGGGGAGUCGACUCCAACAUGGAGCCCACAGUCCUCCGGGCAGCGAAGGAGUUAAUGUAAUCUGUGCCUGUGGAGGGGCGGAGAUUGCAGCUCGGAAUCGAACUGGUCCAAGGAGCAGAAAGUCGCUGCGGGAGUUGGUGUGUUUGUGUCGAGGCCUGGUCCGGAGCUUAGGUCUCCUCCGCGUUUUGGACGAACAUGUCGGAGGAGAAGCUGCGGGGCUGCUGUCACGGUCUCCGGGGGAAGUAGUGGAGACGUGGGAAGUCUGCCGGAGGAUUUUUCCCGACCACACACGACCGACAAACGGAUGAUUCCACCGGUGUUCUCCCUUCGUUAUGAGCGCAGAUCCGCGGAGCUGCCGGAGGAGACACUCGCGCGUCACUGUCGUGGUUUUCCCGCAUCACCGAGUCCAACGAGGGGUCUGAUGGGAAAGUGAUUAAAGCUCGUGUCGUGCAGAGAUCGAGAUCAGACAUUUCAACAACACGCCGAGCGGCACCAUGCGCUGGAGCCCGGGGACGUGGAUGUGGCGCGCGGCUCUGUGCUGCGCGCUGCUGCUGCAGACCUUUACGCACCCGGUCCGAGGUCUCAACAUGUGUAUGAGUGGAAGUGCUACGUCCUGUGAAGAGUGUCUCCUGAUUCAUCCCAGUUGCGCCUGGUGCGCACAAGAGGAUUUUGGGAAGGGGCGGACUCUGACGUCACGCUGCGAUUUCCGUCAGAACUUGGAGAAGAGGGGCUGCUCGGCUCGGUCCAUCGAGUUCCCCACCAGCAGCUUCUCAAUCCUGCAGAACAGACCCCUGAGUUCCAAAGGCUCCGGGUCCAGCCAGGACGAUGUGGUGCAGAUUAUGCCUCAGAAAAUCUCCCUCAGUCUGCGGCCUGGAGACCAGACGUGGUUCGGCGUGGAGGUGCGGCAGGUGGAGGACUACCCGGUGGACCUGUACUACCUGAUGGACCUCUCUCUGUCCAUGAAGGACGACCUGGACACCAUCCGGAACCUGGGCACCAAGCUGGCCCAGGAGAUGGGGAAGCUCACCAGCAACUUCAGGCUGGGCUUCGGAUCCUUCGUGGAUAAAAACAUGUCCCCGUUCUCCUACACGGCGCCCAAGUAUCAGGAGAACCCAUGCAGCGGAUACAAACUCUUCCCCAACUGUGUCCCCACCUUCGGCUUCCGCCACAUCGUCUCACUGACGGACAAAGUGGACCGCUUUAACGAGGAGGUGCAGAAGCAGAUGGUGUCUCGCAACCGGGACGCUCCAGAGGGCGGAUUCGACGCCAUCCUGCAGGCGGCGGUUUGUAAGGAGGAAAUAGGCUGGAGGAAGGGGGCGUACCACCUGCUGGUGUUCGCCACAGACGACGUGCCUCACCUCGCUCUGGACGGGAGGCUCGGAGGCCUCGUCCAGCCUCAUGAUGGGCAGUGCCACCUCAACGACAACAACGAGUACAGCGCCUCCACAAAGAUGGAUUAUCCCUCUCUGGCUCUUCUGGGAGAGAAACUGGCAGAAAAUAACAUCUUCCUCAUCUUCGCAGUCACAAAGCGACUCUACGUUAUUUAUAAGAACUUUACUGCACUCAUCCCCGGAACCACCGUGGAAAUCCUGGACCAGGACUCUAAGAACGUCAUCCAGCUGAUCAUCGCAGCCUACAACAACAUCCGCUCUAAAGUGGAGCUGUCGGUGUGGGACCACCCUGAGGACAUCGGCCUUUCCUUCACCGCCACCUGCCAGGAUGGGAAGCCGCUGCCAGGCCUCAGGAAGUGUGCCGACUUGAAGAUAGGAGACACCGUUUCGUUCAACGUGAGUGUGGAGGCGAGGAGCUGCCCGGGCCGCGGCGCCGACCAGAGCUUCACCAUCAAGCCGGUGGGGUUCAAAGACCGUCUGGAGGUGCUGGUGGAUUAUCAGUGUGACUGCGGCUGCAGCCGGACGGCACAGACCAACAGCAGCAUCUGCAGCUCCAUGGGUACUUAUAACUGUGGGACGUGUCGCUGCGAGCCGGGCUACCUGGGCGCCCGCUGCGAGUGCCAGGAGGGCGAGGCCAGCAGCAUGUACCUCAGCGCCUGCCGGGAGGCCGAGGGGAAGCAGGUCUGCAGCGGGCGCGGAGAGUGCAGCUGCAACCAGUGUCUGUGCUACGAGUCGGAGUUCGGAAAGAUUUACGGAGCCUUCUGCGAGUGUGACGACUUCUCCUGCGCCCGACACAAAGGCGUCCUCUGCUCUGGUCACGGGGAGUGUCACUGCGGGGAGUGCAAGUGUCACGCCGGCUUCAUCGGGGACAACUGCAACUGCUCCACGGAGACGUCGGUCUGCGUUUCGGACGACGGGCAGAUGUGCAGCGGGCGGGGCCACUGCGUGUGCGGCCGCUGCCAGUGCACCGAGCCCGGCGCCUUCGGGGACACGUGUGAGAAGUGCCCCACCUGCCCCGACGCCUGUGGAACCAAGAGGGAGUGUAUCGAGUGCCGGCUUUUCAACUCGGGGCGACUUGCAGACAACCAGACCUGCCAGCGCCUGUGCAAGGAUGAAAUCAUCACUGUGGAGAGCUUCAACUCUGACGACCCGGGCGCUGUGCUUUGUCUCUACAAGACAGACAACGAUUGUGUCAUGAAGUUCACGUACUCGGAGCACGCCAGCGGACGGUCCGUCCUCACCGCUCUUAAAGAGCCAGAGUGUGGUGGAGGCCCGGACGCCAUGACGGUGCUGCUGGCCGUGGUGGGCAGCAUCCUGCUGGUGGGGGUCGUGCUGCUCGCCGUCUGGAAGCUGGCCAUCACCAUUCACGACCGGAGAGAGUUCACACGCUUCCAGAACGCACGCUCACGAGCCCGAUACGAGAUGGCCUCCAACCCUCUGUACAAGCAGCCCGUCACUACACACUUUGUAGAAACAGAUUUCGACAUGUACGGGAAGUCCUACAACGGAGGGGUCCACUGAUCCCUCGGCACAGGGGCGCGGCAGGACCGGUCCAUCGAACAGAUCCCUGGAGGACGGGGCCGAGCUGGACUGAACUCAUCCCGCCGCACGGUGCUGAUCACUGACGUGAAAUGAACUGGACUGUGUCCGAGGUCGGAGGCGGGAAUAUGUGGCCUUUUUAUCUCUGCAGAGACGAUUGGAGCCGACCACGGAGAAAAACUAUUUGACUUCCUCUUCCUCCUCGUCUUCCUCGUCCGUGUGCGGUGGCGUCGGCCGCCGGUGGAGGAGCGACGGUUCACAAACUCCUUAGUCCUGUUUAGAGAGAGGAAGUUAGCAAUGAGUUUAUCUGACGUCACACAAGAUCAACAAACUCUCGAUCAUGAAGUCCAACACUCCAACAACUUAAAACCACCGUUUACUCUUUGUACAGAGCAUCGACUUAUAUUUGUAUAUUUUUAUAAACACUUUAAAAAAGGCCCUUAUUUUUAGUCUAAACUAUGCACAGGACUCGGAUCAACAUGAAUUUCACUCGUCUUCAAAUUCACGGGAUUAUUAGAAAAAGCACAUAUUCCUGAAGGCGGCUGUGACGUGGUACUACUAACACUUACUAAGCAUUAGAUGUCUUACCUUCAGUUUGCACAGCGACAGAUCUAGAUUUUCUUUAAUGUUGUGUUUGUGUGUUGUUGUGUUUUUUGCUCCACUUGCACUCCACUCUCUCCAUCUGAACCCCAGGGACCCCCCCCCCCCACAGCUUCUCAGCUCCUAAAAGGAUGGACGUUCACCUCUGUUCGUCUUUCUAACCCUAACCCUAACGAAUCAUGAAACCAUGAAAAGACCAAAACUAGCCACGGUGUCGUCGGUCAGUACUUUGAGUUAAAUAUCUGAAAACUUGAGAAUUUACAAAGAAAAAGCCCUAACAAUAAUUAAUUUAAAAGAAGCACAAGCUGGAAAUGAGCUACACUGAAUAUUGAAUCGUUAUUAAAAGUAUUUAAAGCAUCAGGUUCAUCAGCUGAUCAGAUUCUACAGGCUGUGUGAAGCCGUACGCUGAUGACACACCGUUAUUUAGUGUUUCUUUUAAAACUGAUGGACAUGAAUUUCCAGAUUUCAAUAAUUCUGAAAGGAACCAGUUCAAGAACCAGAGCUAAUUGGGUGAAUAGGAACAAGCAGUGCAGAGGUGUGGCUCCAUGAUGGAUCCCUGAUGGAUCCCUGAUGGAUCCCUGAUGCACUGAGGAGACACACACACUCAAUAAUCUCCAGUAAAUCAGUUCCUCGCUGGUUUUGGUCUUUUCGUUGAAUUUACAUGUGACAGUAAGAAUAAUAUAAAAUAUCACCGACCUCCGAAAGCUUCACAUCACAAUCAGAAACACGUGUUCACGCUGGGGGGACGGCUGGAAGAAUUCUCAUGUGCUCAAGUAAAUAUGUCACACCCACGAAAAGAUCACCUCCCAGCUGCUGAAGAGGUUUGAGUCUCAGCCGGUUUGUGAAUGACUCUCGCUCUCUCUGAUGUGCCCUUGAGCAAGGCACCUAACCCCAGCUGCUCAGUGGCCAGCGGGUCAGACUGUGGUUGUGCUGUGUGAAUGUCCCGGAUGCGUAUAGGCUGAUAUUGGUAAUGCAGUAUGUCAUAUGUUCCCCUGUGAAACUGUCGUCCAGCUGUGGGAGUGGGUGGAAACAUCUGGAUCCUCUGAGGGGAGGAGUCUGACAGCGGGACACGUCGUCGGGUGGGCGGAGCUCUGGGGCCCUUUUUCUUUCUUUUCAUGGUCGUACAGUGAAGGUGGGCGGGGCCGAGCUUUGGUGUGUUUUCUGCGAUUGGAGAGUUUGUAAAUAUGAUUUCCUUUGCGUACUUUAGUACACACUGUGCCAAAUGAAAGUGCAGCAUUCCUCCUGAACGUGUUCACAUGUGUGACCCGCACCAGCACAGCACCAGUUUAUGUAAAAGAACAAUAAAUCUGCUUAUGUCAAAAGUCA